CAAAAAUAAAGAGUAUGAAUAAAAUUCCUUUGAGAAUACCAUGCAAACAACCGCAGUAGCCAGGAUUCAUUAUUACACAACCGCGAUCAUUUGGGGCUCUUCCUUGCUGUCUCUGUUUUCCAUCUCCAGUUCUGCAAAAUUGAUCGGUGAUCACCAUUGUCUAGCCUCAUCGCAACUCGCAACCGCCGGCUUUUGCAGAAUAAACUCUCCGUUCUAAGUCAAAGUCGUUUUCAAUAACAUGAAAGGUUCAAAACAGCAGCUUAUUGACACACUGACCUCCCACAUUUCUCUGUACCAGUCACACUCAUCAUCCCCUCCUACAUGUCCUAACCCUAGAUCAUCAAUUUUAAAAUGGUUCUCAUCCCUCACAGUUCAUCAAAGGCAAGCUCAUCUCACCAUCGUCGACGCGAAAUUCACUCAGGUCCUCUUCCAAAUGCGCCGCAAGCUGAAAUCAAAUGGUCAUGGAUUCUUCAUUAUUCUCCCGGAUAUCCUGGACAACACAUGCAACGGUCUUCCAAGCAUCUGUUUUCGGAAGUCCCAUGGACUUCUAACUAGAGUUGCAGAAAACAACGAGGCCGAAAGGUUAAUUCGAGAUGCAAUAAGGCUUUUUGACUCAAAAGAAGGGGAGGGGAUUGAUGAGGGGUCGUAUUCAGCUAAUUGUUUAGAUUCUUUAACUGUAUGCGAAGAUCUUGUGGAAAGCGUAGAUAGGUUUGUGGAUGCCAUGGAUGCCGUUUCAAAUGGGAGAUUUUUGAGGGGAGAGGAAAGCUGUAUUGGGUCGGAAUGGGCGGAACUGGACUGGCUCAAAUCGAAAGGGUAUUAUAGUGUAGAGGCAUUUAUGGUAAAUAGAUUGGAGGUGGCAUUAAGGUUGUCGUGGUUGAAUUGCACCAAUUGUAAGACUAAGAAGAUGGGGGUGAAGUUGAAAGAUAAAGUGAAUUCAGCUGGUUUAGCUGCAAAUACAUUUUGGAGGAAGAAGGGGUGUGUAGACUGGUGGGAAAAGCUUGAUGAAGCAUCAAAGCGGAAGGUGUUUCUAACUGCUUUGGGGAAAGUUGCAAAAUCUCUGGCUGCAGAUGUUUACAAUGGGAAAAAAUGUGUACGUGAUGAUAAAAUGUGGCACUAUGGUGACAUAGCGGACCAACCAUUUAGGUGCAACAAUAAGCUGUCAAACCAAGAAAGCCCUGCCAAUUUCAGCACCACAUUUGAAUGUUCUUCACAGAACAAAAUCCCUACAUCUCUGUCUCAGAUGCCAUCAUCAUUGAUUUGUGCACUUGAAGGUUUAUCUAUUCUUCAAAAUAUUUCCAUCAUGUUAUUUGAAUUUCAGCAUAUUUAUUAUGAAAGAGAAAGGCUGUACUUUAGCUCCUUAGAAUCUAUUAGCUCAAUUACUGAUUGUAUAUUAAGAAAGCUGCGAGUUUUACUAAUGGUGAUCUCACUUGAGUGUACUAAAGUUGAAUUAUUAGAGGAUGUACAAAUAAAGUCAUCUUUAAAGAAAAACAAGGAGAAACUUGGCCCCAGCAACACUAAAAAAAGCAGGAAGAACAGUAAAACUAAAAAGAAGAAUCAUGUUUCAAAGCUAGCAACAAAUGAUGUUGCACUUGUGGAACGUCCUGAGGAUGAUGCAUUUGGAUUGGCUUAUGGUGAAAAUGCAAAGAUUUGUUCACCUAGUAGCUUGGAUGACAAGGGAAGUGGAGAAGGACAACAUACUAAAACUACCCCAAGCAUUUCUAGGAAGAAAAAAGAAAGAAAUAAGCGUAAAAACUAUUGCCCCAGUGUUCCUGCAGAAGCAGGAAAUCAUCAGCUAGGCCUUAUUAAGCUUUCCACUCUACCUCUGACCUGUGAAGACCAGCAUGCGACAUCUGGUUUCAUAUCUGAAACUUCAGCUGUUGAGAAGAGGUCAGCAGUUGAUACUAUUAAGGAUAAUGACAACGUUGAACCAACAUCAACUUGUUCUACUGGUUGUGCAGAUCGAAUAGCAAGUUCUGCUCCAAUGCUCUUCCGGACCUCAGAGAGUGUGGUAGAAAAUGAAAGGUCAGCUGUUGGAUUAGAAACCAUAAAUCAAGAUAUCAUUUGCAGUGUAACUUCUCCAAUGCCUUCAGUUGAAAUUGGUAAAAAUUGUGAAACCCAUGAUAAAAGCAUUAAAAGUGUUAUUGGCUUAAAUAUAGAGGGGAUGAACCUAGGUGCAUUGAGAAAGCAAGACAAAAUUGGUGAUCAGGAAGCAAAAAUAUUCUCAUUUCAGGAGCGUGGAAGUAUUGAUGUGUAUAAUAGUGGGCCUGCGCGUGCUCCAACUUACCUUUCUUAUGAAUGGCCCAAUGUAGCUCCUAUCCACUUCCCGUCGGGUAACUCACAUCUUCCACCUGCCACUGAUAGACUGCAUCUGGAUGUUAGUCAUAACUGGCAACGCCAUUAUCGCCAAUCUUAUGUACGUGCUGUACAUCAUGUAAGGAACCCCCCAAUUGAAUCAGGGCAUACUGGCAUUAUGCCUAGACCAUUAGCAGUGAGCCUAGACUGGCCACCUAUAUUACGCGGUGCUAAUGGAGUAGCUCCAUCUGUCACCUGCAAUUAUGACACUGGAUUUAUCACAAGGCGACCAUCUUUUCAACAUGACUUGGCUAAACAAAGCAUUCACCGCAGCACAGUGAGUGUUGAUGAUGAAAGACUGUAUUCUGGUGAAAUAAUCGAUUUUUCCGAGUCCACAAAUGCACAGGAAGUGUGUGAUGAACAUGAAAAUUACUGUAUGCCAGAAGAAGAAUUAGAGGUCCAUGGCUGUCCUGGUGUGGAUUAUAAUGAAUACUUUGGUGGUGGUGUGAUGUACUGGAAUCCUUCUGAUUUUACAGGGACCAGCUUUUCGCGUCCUCCCUCGCUUAGUUCAGAUGAUAGUUCUUGGGCUUGGCGAGAGGCAGAUAUGAAUAGGGCUGUUGAUGACAUGGUUGCCUUCUCUUCCUCUUACAGUACAAAUGGUUUGACUUCACCAUCUGCUACUUCUUUUUGCUCUCCCUUUGACCCUUUAGGCUCUGGAACUCGUGGAUAUGUGAUAUCAGGAAGUGAAGUUAAUACUGGCAAGGUUGCACAAUCAUCAAUUGCCACAUCGAUAGAUAUAGUGGUAGAUGAGAAGAAUGCUCCAGCUUCCUUGUCCAAUGUAUCUGUUGAUAAUGAGGCAAAGACUGUUGAUGCAUUUCCAUAUCCCAUUCUUCGACCAAUUAUCAUCCCAAAUAUGUCAAGGGAAAGAUCAAGAUCGGAUUUUAGGCGUAGUCAUGAUCGUAGAAGUCCUUGCAUCCCUCCUAGGCAGGAGCAACCUCGGAUCAAGAGGCCACCAUCACCCGUGGUCCUUUGUGUUCCACAUGCCCCUCGACUGCCUCCUCCUCCUCCUGUUGAUGAUUCCAGAAGAGAAAGAGUUCCAACGGUCCGCUCUGGUAGUUCAAGCCCUAGGCAUUGGGGUAUGAAGGGCUGGCUUCAUGAUGAAGUAAAUUUUGAAGAAGCUUGUAUACGCAUGGAUGGCAGUGAAGUAGUUUGGCCACCAUGGAGAAGUAAAAGCUUUUCAGGUCAUCAGUUAACACAGCCUCUGACCGGAGCCUUACUGCAAGAUCACUUAAUUGCAAUAUCACAGUUAACUCAGCACGAGCAUCCAGAUGCUUCGUUUCCUCUACAACCUUCUGAAAUGCGGAGCUGCUCCUCGGAAAAGGCAUCUCUGAGUUCAAUCCACAUCAAUCUUCAUGAAGAAAUCAACACAUUCUAUAAACAGGUUGCUGCUGAGAAUUUGAUCAGGAAACCUUACAUUAAUUGGGCCGUGAAGCGUGUCACACGUUCACUACAAGUCUUAUGGCCCAGAUCCAGGACAAACAUUUUUGGUUCAAAUGCAACAGGUUUGUCACUUCCUUCAAGUGAUGUUGACCUUGUGGUCUGUCUUCCUCCAGUGAGAAAUUUGGAACCCAUUAAGGAAGCUGGUAUCCUGGAGGGACGCAAUGGUAUCAAGGAAACAUGCCUUCAGCAUGCAGCAAGAUAUCUUGCUAACUUGGAGUGGGUUAAAAAUGACUCUCUCAAGAUUGUGGAGAAUACUGCUAUACCUAUUAUCAUGCUUGUGGUGGAAGUUCCUCAUGAUCUCAUUACCACUUCUUCACAUUCCCAAACACCAAAAGCCCACACAACUAGGGAAGGCAAUCCUUUCCAGGUUGACGGUGCUAGUUCAGAAAGCUGUACAUCCCCCAAAUGGCCCAAGAUGGAUGCUUCUGUCAAGAAUGUAAAAUCAGUCCGUAUUGACAUUAGUUUCAAUUCACCAUCACAUACAGGCCUGCAGACCACUGAGCUGGUAAAAGAGCUUACUGAACAGUUUCCUGCAACUAAACCUCUCGCUUUGGUAUUAAAGCAGUUCUUGGCAGAUCGAAGCCUAGCUCAGUCAUAUUCUGGUGGUUUGAGCUCAUAUUGUCUUGUAUUACUGAUAAUACGUUUUUUGCAGCAUGAGCAUCAUCAUGGUCGCUCCACUAUCCAAAAUUUUGGAAGUCUGCUCAUGGAUUUCUUCUAUUUCUUUGGGAAUGUGUUUGAUCCUCGUCAAAUGCGUAUCUCAAUACAUGGUAGUGGAUUAUACAUAAAUAGGGAAAAGGGAUGCAGCAUUGAUCCAAUUUAUAUAGAUGACCCACUUUUUCCGACCAAUAAUGUGGGUCGGAAUUGCUUUCGUAUAAAUCAAUGCAUCAAGGCAUUUGCAGAUGCUUAUUGUACAUUGGAGGAUGAGAUGUCUUCCCUUCCAAGCAAUGGUGACACACAUGCAAGAUUACCUUCACUUAAGCUACUUCCUAAAAUUAUUCCAAGCAUUAUGCAUUUGGAUGGUCCGAUGGAUUCCAAUUAUCAAGAGAUUAACCAUAUUCCAUGUUGUUGAGAUGUGUGGGGUUGGUGAAAUAGCUUGCAAUGUUUUUGAGGUAGACAUGAGUGUGUUUCAUUUAAGACUUAUAAUGAAACUGUCCUACUCUGUAAGAACUUAUGGCAUCUGAUUAAGUCUGAAAUAUGAAGUCUGAUGAAACUAGCAAAAACUAGACACUUUGUAUUUUUUCUUAUCUGCUCUAAUAAUUAUUUAAAGGGCCAGAGUCAUUAAUUUUCACUUCAUGUUAUGACCUUCGCAAUUGAUGUAUGUUUGACAGCAUAUUGGAGUUGUGGUUGGUUGACCUCCACAGAUCACAGAUAACCCUUCAUGUAUUGAUUGCAAAUGGAUGAUAGCUGUAACAUCUUCAAACUGUAGUUGGAAGUAAAAUGCAACUCCAAGAAAUUAUUCUGUGCUUCUAGACACUCUCAAGCCAUCCGUUGGUACUUCGUAUUCCCUGCACAACCAAAUUAUAGAUCUUAGAAGAAUAGUCACUUUACUGGCUAAUUUGAAAUUAUAAGUUGUCAUUCCUUAAUCUAAAUUUUUAUGUUUGUAUCAACAAAAGAUGUUUCCAUGCUAGUUGCAGCCAUGCUAUUUAUCUGCCUUUUUUAAAGCUAAGCUUUCUAUGGGCUCACUCUUACCUGAUGUUAUCAUUUACUCUGAUGGAACAACGUUAUGGCUCCACCUAUGUAACUUUUUGAUCUAUCAAAUCAAGUGAUUAUACUCUUUAUGAGUUACGAAUGUCAAAAAUAAAUGAGACAUUCCUGCGGUAUUUAGCCUUUUAAGGUAGUAGACAUGAAAUUCUGAACUUUUUACAUAGAACUUGGAACUGAAAAUGAAAACACUUCAGUUCAUUUGUAGUCAGACUUGGGAUUAUUAAAAAGUGAGUAAGAUACAGUUGAGAAUUACUGAUAGUUUCAGCUCCCUUAUUAGUCUAUCAAUUGCUCACAGCACAAAUUUGUCAGAGUAUGCCUUGUUAUUUUGCCCAGAUCCUAUGGCAUCUUGGGACAAAGUACCGCCAAUCUGCUCACAACUUGAAUUCUAGUACGAAGUAUUUCACUAUUUCAUGGCUGAAGGGAUUUUAACAAUUAACAUGCUUUAGUGAUUGACCUUUAUGCAAGGCUAAAAAAAGCACAAAAAACUCUUGUAUUCAUAUCUUUGGUGUCGCUUUUGCUAAUUGGAAUCAAAUUGACUCUCUCUCUCUCUCUAUAUAUAUUCUAGGUGAGAAGGAUGAUCUCAAAAAAGUUCUACGUAGUAAUGAAAAUUUUUGUCUUAGGUUUUCUGGAUUUUGGGUCUUAACGAGUUGAGCAUAUCACAUAUUGGAUUUGCUCCUACCUGAAAGCAGUCAGUCCGUGCAAUUUUGGAAGCGAUUUUCAUUAUGGGUCAUUCGGAAACAGUCUCUUUGUGCUUUAGUAUAAAGCUAUCCAGGUGUAGUGAAGCUGGAAUACAUCGAUGUGGCAAUAAGAGAUAUCUGUAUACAAGGUGGUCUGUAGCCUGUGCAUAAUGUCAUUUUACAUGGGAAUAUCCUAUAAUUAAUAUUUGUAACUUUCUUCAUUGUUGUGCAUAGAAACCCGAAUAUCAAAUAUAUAUAUUGAGUGCUAAUAUAUAGGAUAUUCUGGAUACUCUGGAUGUAUUAAUAGACUAAUAUAUAUAUUGAGUGUAAAAGGUUUUAUGAAGGCCAGAUAGGUGAAGACAUAUCUUAAACAUUGGUAAAUUUAAGGCAAUUUAGUGGAG